AUGCAGAUCUUCGUCAAGACUCUCACCGGCAAGACCAUCACCCUUGAGGUGGAGAGCAGUGAUACCAUCGACAACGUUAAGGCUAAGAUUCAGGAUAAGGAGGGUAUCCCUCCUGACCAGCAGCGUCUGAUUUUCGCCGGCAAGCAGCUCGAGGACGGGCGCACUCUUGCUGACUACAACAUCCAGAAGGAGUCUACGCUUCACUUGGUGCUCCGCCUUCGUGGUGGUAUGCAGAUCUUCGUUAAGACCCUCACCGGAAAGACCAUCACGCUUGAAGUCGAAAGCAGCGACACUAUCGACAACGUGAAAGCCAAGAUUCAGGAUAAGGAGGGUAUUCCUCCUGACCAGCAGCGCCUGAUUUUCGCCGGCAAGCAGCUCGAGGACGGGAGAACCCUGGCCGACUACAACAUCCAGAAGGAGUCGACGCUGCAUCUGGUGCUCCGUCUCCGCGGUGGGAUGCAAAUUUUCGUCAAGACCCUCACCGGCAAGACUAUUACGUUGGAGGUGGAGAGCAGCGACACCAUCGAUAACGUAAAGGCUAAGAUUCAGGACAAGGAGGGUAUCCCUCCCGACCAGCAGCGUCUGAUUUUCGCCGGCAAGCAGUUGGAAGAUGGACGUACCCUUGCUGACUACAACAUACAGAAGGAGUCUACUCUGCAUCUGGUGCUCCGACUUCGUGGUGGCAUGCAAAUCUUCGUUAAGACCCUCACCGGUAAGACUAUCACGUUGGAGGUUGAGAGCAGCGACACCAUUGAUAACGUAAAGGCGAAGAUUCAGGACAAGGAGGGUAUUCCUCCUGACCAGCAGCGCCUGAUUUUCGCCGGCAAGCAGCUCGAGGACGGGAGAACCUUGGCCGACUACAACAUCCAGAAGGAGUCGACGCUGCAUCUGGUUCUCCGUCUCCGCGGUGGUAUGCAGAUCUUUGUUAAGACUCUCACUGGGAAGACCAUCACCCUUGAGGUGGAGAGCAGCGAUACCAUUGACAACGUGAAGGCGAAAAUCCAGGACAAGGAGGGCAUUCCCCCUGACCAACAGCGUUUGAUCUUCGCCGGUAAGCAGCUGGAGGAUGGACUCGAACCCCAUCCCCUACUCCUGCUUUCCCCCAUCCCCUUCCCUGCUUUCCCCCAUCCCCUUCCCUGCUUCCCCAUGUCCCCUUCCCUGCUUUGCCCCAUCCCCUUCUCUGCUUCCCCCCAUCCCCUUCCCUGCUUUGCCCCAUCCCCUUCCCUGCUUCCCCCCAUCCCCUUCCCUGAUUCCCCCGAUCCCAUUCCUUGCUUCCCCAUGUCCCCUUCCCUGCCUUCUCCCAUCCCCUUCCCUGCCUUCUCCCAUCCCCUUCCCUGCUUCCCCCCAUCCCCUUCCCUGCUUCCCCCCAUCCCCUACUCUGCUUCCCCCCAUCCCCUUCCCUGCUUCCCCAUGUCCCCUUCCCUGCUUCCCCCCAUCCCCUACUCUGCUUUCCCCCAUCCCCUUCCCUGCUUCCCCCCAUCCCCUUCCCUGCUCUCCCCCAUCCCAUUCCCUGCUUCCCCAUGUCCCCUUCCCUGCCUUCCCCAUGUCCCCUUCCCUGCCUUCUCCCAUCCCCUUCCCUGCCUUCCCCCAUCCCCUUCCCUGCUUUCCCCCACCCCCUUCCUUGGUUUCCCCCAUCCCCUUCCCUUCUUCCCCAUGUCCCCUUCCCUGCUUUUCCCCAUCCCCUUCCCUGUUUUCCCCCCUCCCCUUCCCUGCUCCCCCCUGUCCCGUCCCCUGCUUCCCCCCAUCCCCUUCCCUGCUUCCCCCCAUCCCCUUCCCUGCUUCCCCCCAUCCCAUUCCCUGCUUCCCCCCAUCCCAUUCCCUGCUUCCCCCCAUCCCCUUCCCUGCUUCCCCUUGUCCCCUUCCCUGCUUUCCUAUGUCCCGUUCCCUGCUUCCCCCCCUCCCCUUCAGUGCUUCCCCCAUUCCCCUUCCCUGCUUCCCCCCAUUCCAUUCCCUGCUUACCCCCCUCCCCUUCCCUGCUUACCCCCCUCCCCUUCCCUGCUUUCCCCCCUCCCCUUCCCUGCUUUCCCCCUUCCCGUUACCUGCCUCCCCCCAUUCCCAUUCCCUCUUUCCCCAUAUCCCCUUCCCUGCUUUCCCCCUUCCCCUUACCUGCAUCCCCCCCAUUCCAUUCCCUGCUUACCCCCCUCCCCUCCCCUGCUUUUCCCCAUACCCUUCCCGGUUUCCCCUUGUCCCCUUCCAUGCUUUCCCAUGUUCCAGCCAAACCAUUCCCUGCUUCCCCAUGUCCCUUCCCCUUGUCCCCUUCCCUGUUUUCCCCCCUCCCCUUCCCUGCUCCCCCCUGUCCCGUCCCCUGCUUCCCCCCAUCCCCUUCCCUGCUUCCCCCCAUCCCCUUCCCUGCUUCCCCCCAUCCCAUUCCCUGCUUCCCCCCAUCCCCUUCCCUGCCUCCCCAUGUCCCCUUCCCUGCUCCCCCCAGCACGUGGUGCUGCUGCCUUUGUAGAUAGCUAG